UCAAAAUGGUCAAAUUCAUCGUUGCAUUCUCAGCUCUUUUCGCUGUUGCCUUUGGCUACGCCAUCGAUACCAAAAUCGAUGACAGCUACAACUGGCGUAUCGUUGGUGGUGAUGAUGCCGCUGUUGGUCAAUUCCCUUACCAAAUCUCUUUGAGGGGAUCCUCCGGAAGUCACACUUGUGGUGGUUCCAUCCUUAACGAAAACUGGGUCUUGACCGCUGCCCAUUGCGUUUAUGGUGGAUCUGCUAGUUCUUACACCGUUGUUACUGGAUCCACCACUUUGAACAGUGGUGGUGACAGAUACAGCGUUAGCAAAAUCAUUGCCCACUCCGGAUACAAUCCUAACACCAUCGAAAAUGAUAUUGCCCUCCUCCGAGUUUCCUCCCCAAUUCAAUUCAACGACAAUGUUAAAGCCAUUGAACCCGAAUCCGAUGUUACCGGAACUGGAGAUUGUGUCAUCUCCGGAUGGGGAACCACCAGUUACCCUGGAUCUGCUCCAAAUAACUUGCAAUACCUCGCCUUGAAAACCAUCAGCAACGAAGAAUGCCAAUCAUCUUGGGGAAGCAACACCAUCUUCGACAGCAACAUUUGCACCCUCACCCAAAGAGGAGAAGGUGUCUGCCAUGGUGACUCUGGUGGUCCAUUAGCUGCCAAUGGUAAACAAAUCGGUAUCGUUUCCUGGGGAAACCCAUGCGCUAACGGACGUCCAGAUGUUUUCACCAGAGUUUCUUCUUUCGUCUCUUGGAUCAACGAACAACAAAAUUAAAAAUUUUUUGAAUUAAAAUUGAAAUAAAAAUGCGUAAAUAAUAA